CCCUGGACAAUAGAAAGAAUAGCUGUUUGUGGAUGGGGGUAAAUUGAACAUGACCAGCGUGAUCACCAGAUUAAAAUUGACAGUUAAUGCGUCACCAAUUAUGAACAAAAAGUGUAUAAAUACUAGUAAGAGAAAUUAAAUAUCAGCAUACACUAUGAAGACUUCCUUGUUUAUCGUGCUCGUAGGGAGUUUGUGCCUAGCACAUGCCUCUUUCAACAAGGAGGAGAAUUUAAAAGAGAAAGAAUCUUUUUUGGAAUGGAUAGUUGAUGAAGCAUGGAAAGAACAAAACGAUAAUGACAGACCAAGACCUUCAGGGCAACCAGAAAGAGAUGGACCAAGACCCUCUGGAAGACCUCCAAUGAAGGGAAAGAAUGGAAAAGGGCAAAAACCAGAAGAGAGAGAACUUGAGGGUGACAGACCAAGACCAAGUGGACAACCAGAAAUGGAUGGACCAAGACCUUCUGGAAGACCUCCAAUGAAAGGAAAGGGAAGAAAAGGACCAAAACCAGAAGAGAGAGAACUUGAUGGUGACAGACCAAGACCUUCAGGACAACCGGAAAUGGAUGGACCAAGACCCUCUGGACGACCUCCAAUGAAAGGAAAGGGAAGGAAAGGACCAAAACCAGAAGAGAGAGAACUAGGACCAAAGCCUUCUGGUCAACCACCCAGAAAGGGAAAAGGUCCUCGACCAUCAGAAAAUAAUCUUGACGAAAUGCUUCGUGAACUUGAACUUGACAUUGAAGAGUUAGAAGAACAAAAUAAUAUUGGUAGACCAAGACCCUCUGGACAACCAGAUAGAGAUGGACCAAGACCCUCUGGACGACCUCCAAUGAAAGGAAAGGGAAGACAAGGGCAAAAACCAGAAGAGAGAGAACUUGAGGGUGACAGACCAAGACCAAGUGGACAACCAGAAAUGGAUGGACCAAGACCCUCUGGACGACCUCCAAUGAAAGGAAAGGGAAGAAAAGGACCAAAACCAGAAGAGAGAGAACUUGAUGGUGACAGACCAAGACCAAGUGGACAACCAGAAAUGGAUGGACCAAGACCCUCUGGACGACCUCCAAUGAAAGGAAAGGGAAGACAAGGGCAAAAACCAGAAGAGAGAGAACUUGAGGGUGACAGACCAAGACCAAGUGGGCAACCAGAAAUGGAUGGACCAAGACCCUCUGGACGACCUCCAAUGAAAGGAAAUGGAAGAAAAGGACCAAAACCAGAAGAGAGAGAACUUGAUGGUGACAGACCAAGACCAAGUGGACAACCAGAAAUGGAUGGACCAAGACCCUCUGGAAGACCUCCAAUGAAAGGAAAGGGAAGAAAAGGACCAAAACCAGAAGAGAGAGAACUUGAUGGUGACAGACCAAGACCAAGUGGACAACCAGAAAUGGAUGGACUAAGAUCCUCUGGAAGACCUCAAAUGAAAGGAAAGGGAAGAAAAGAACCAAAACCAGAAGAGAGAGAACUUGAUGGUGACAGACCAAGACCAAGUGGACAACCAGAAAUGGAUGGACCAAGACCCUCUGGAAGACCUCCAAUGAAAGGAAAGGGAGGAGAUGGACCAAGACCCUCUGGACGACCUCUAAUGAAAGGAAAGGGAAGGAAAGGUCCAAAACCAGCAGAGAGAGAACUUGACGGUGACAGACCAAGACCAACUGGGCAACCAGAAAGAGAUGGACCAAGAUCAUCUGGAAGACCACAAAUGAAAGGACCAAGGCCUUCUGGUCAACCUCCCAGAAAGGGAAAAGGUCCUCGACCAUCAGAAAAUAAGCUUGACGCAAUGCUUCGUGAACUUGAACUUGACAUUGAAGAGUUAGAAGAACAAAAUAAUAAUGGAAGACCAAGACCCUCUGGACAACCAGAAAGAGAUGGACCAAGACCCUCUGGAAGACCUCCAAUGAAAGGAAAGGGAGGAGAUAGACCAAGACCUUCUGGACGACCUCCAAUGAAAGGAAAGGGAAGAAAAGGUUCAAAACGCUUUUAAAGGAUAAUCGACCGCUGUUAUUGUUGGUGGAUGAACAUGUGUUUACAGCGGCAAGCAUUUUUCAAAUUUUGAAAUGUUAGUGAACAUUUUCCCAUUACAUUAUGUACUUUUGUAAUUAACAUGUACUAUCAUCGUGAAAUAAUUUAAUUUCAAAUGACUUCUCUUAUUAAAGUUUCAGCACAAUUUUA